GCAGGUAGUCUUGGAAAUCUCCAUGGUGAACUUGUCCAAGGGAUUUAAGAAGGUUGCGAAGGUUACGUGGAACGAGGUUGUUCAGCGGCAGCUUGUCGGGCUUUUCCGAUGACACAAGGGGAGCUCAAAGCAGUAAGAGAUGAACAUGAGAACACCACGCUCAAUGCCGACACAGAGAUAAACGCGUGGGUUAAAGCGCUAUCAUCCGUUACCGUUGCUAGUUUGACACCAACCUCCUAAAAACCGGUCCUGAUGCGGGGUGUAGUCGCACUGAUCCGAUUAAAGGCCCCUUUUGCAACUUGGCGUCUACCGCCAAUCCCUUGACGAAUAGUUGGACAUAUCUGGGGUAAGAGGGUCGAUCGCUUAUUUAGUUCUCUCGAAAUCCUCUACGUUCCUCUUUGAUGCUGCACUGUGUUGCUGACAGGGUCGUGUUCUCGUGCAUGCUACCCACAUCGACGUUGGCAUAUCGCAGAAUCUGGCACUAGCAAAAAUGUUUUUCUUCUCAAAGCUUCGCGAGAUCGUAUGGGGCAAGCCAGCUGCCACCAAGGCUGAGCGGCGCCUGGUGCUCAAGCUUGAUCUCGUCAUUCUCACUUUUUGCUGUCUUAUGUACUGGGUCAAUUAUCUUGAUCGCAUGAACCUCAACAAUGCCUAUGUCAGCGGCAUGAAAGAGGAUCUCAACUUCCACGGAACCCAGCUGAACGUUAUCAACACAAUCUUCUAUGGCGGAUACGUUCUAGGCCAGAUACCCAACAAUCUUGCCCUUCAGAAACUGCAACCUCGUCUCUAUUUUCCAGGAUGCAUGAUUGCAUGGGGAUUGCUGACGCUUGGAACUGGCUUCACGCAUCAUCCAUGGGAGAUCAUGGUUAUUAGGUUUUUCCAGGCCAUCUUUGAGGCCUCUACUUUCGUUGGGUGCCACUACAUUCUUGGUAGUUGGUAUAAAGAGGAGGAGCUAGGCAAACGAACUGCAAUUUUCACGAGCUCUGGCUUGGUCGGGACGAUGUUCUCUGGAUUCCUGCAAGGAGGAAUUCACUCAACUCUCGAUGGAAAGGCUGGCCUUCCAGGAUGGAGAUGGCUCUUCGUCAUUGACUUCUGCAUUACUUUUCCAAUUGCUAUCUUUGGCUAUCUGGUCUUCCCCGAUACUCCCUCGUCAACUCGGGCGAAAUGGCUCACGCCUGAAGAGAAGAAACUCGCUAUCGAACGGCUCCCUGAAGUUUCCAAGGAGCGCGGCAACGUCGGAUGGAGCGUCAUUACCCGUGUCAUGGGCACAUGGCAUUUCUGGGGAUUCAUCCUGAUCUGGACAUUUGCGAGUAACACCGAAAUGUUCUCUACCAACGCGAUCAUGAAUCUGUGGCUCAAGAGCACCGGAGAUUACAGCGUGUCACAAGUCAACUACAUCCCGACUGGUGUGGCUGCUGUCGGUGUGGUUGCUACUCUCACAUUGGGCUGGUACUCCGAUUUCACGAAGGGACACUGGCAUACCGGUAUCAUAUUGUCAUUCACGGCAAUCAUCUCUGGUGCAAUCAUGUUGAACCCACCAACUCGAGGAGCGAAAUUCUUCGCGCUUUUCUUCAACGGUUGCCAAUAUGCCAGCCAGACAACGAUGUUCGCCUGGGCCAACUCUCUUCUCAGAGAUGACGACGCUAAAAGAGCUGUCGUACUCGCCGCGAUGAACACGCUUGCCAUUGCUGUCUACAUGUUCUGGUCUCUUAUAUUCUAUAACGCAGCCCAAGCGCCCAAAUGGUAUAAGGGUAGCAUUGCCAUGAUCUGCAUGGGAAUCGCAUUUUUCCUCAAUACUCUUGUUCUCCGAUGGCUGCAGAGAAGGGACGAGAAGAGGGGGAUCACGAAUGGAGCCGAGCCGCCAGUCUCCAGGGACAAGGACGAAGAAUUGCAAACUCCGAUCGAGAAGGAUGAACACCAUGCUGGGAAGCAGUCGGUAUGAGCUUUUUGAUAGGGCCAAUUUUGGGUGCUAUAGAACAGGUAUAAUCGAGUAAUAGGGGUUACGGGACGGACCGUGACUUAACGCCUCGCUGUAAUCUGCAAUGUACGAUCCGUGUUGCAAAUAUGUGAUCUGCAAGCAAAUACUCCUGAAAUGAUCAAGGAG